UCAAUAUGUCAUGGUCGCAGGUAAAUAACACUGAAAUGAUGAGCACCAAUUAUCCUACAAACAUUACAAAUUCAGAAGAACUGUUGCGGACAUUGAACGAUCAGCUUGCUUUACGGUACCUUCCUGUGAUCAUCUACAUGAUCUUACUGAUAUUUACUGGAUUAUUUGGGAAUGUACUUGUUAUUAUUGUGUAUGUUCGAAAGAAAACUAAAUCGUCACUCGACUACUUUAUCAUCAAUCUAGCAGCGCUGGAUCUGUUGACGGUUGUCAUCGGUAUGCCGACCGAAAUUGUCGAUCUUCGGUAUCCUAUUAUGUUUAACGCACCUGUUGCUUGCAAGGCACUACGAACAGUAGAAUCGAUGUCAGUAAAUAGUUCUAUAAUUACGUUAAUGGCAUUGGCUGUAGAUAGAUAUAACCGGAUAUGUAAAUAUGGUAAACAAAUGACAAUAGAAAAGGCAAAACGAAUUUGCGUGAUAGCUAUAGUAAUAGGAAUUGUUACAUGUUGGCCGGCAGCCAUUGUUUUGGGGAUGAAAACAAAAGAUGUUGGCAUUCCCGGUGUUUAUGGGGUGGAUUGUUCAACAGAUGAUUCAAUGAAGGGUACAAAAUAUCCUCUUGUUCAUUAUGGAUUAUUGUUUCUUUAUUUUGUUGUCUGUGUUGUAUUUUUUACAGUAAUUUACACUAAAAUCAUUCUGUUUAUCAGAAGGCAAAAGAAGAAAGGAAACAUAUCAGAAAAUCCUUACCUAAAGAAAACAAAUGAACUGAAGUCUUCGACAGCAAAAAAUUCUUUUACAGAUAUCGAAAAUGAUCAAAAUCAUGGCAAGGAAAUACAAAAACAUAAAACUCAAACAGACUGUGUUCAUCAAAAGUUAGAAGAGAAUAAAUCUCCACACAAAAUUCGUGCUAAAACUACUUUGAUGCUAGGGAUUGUCACCAUCGUUUUUGUUCUCAGCUUUCUUCCUUUUCUAACAGUAAUGUUAAUUAGAUACAUUAUCAAACAUUUUGAGAAUAAUUUGUCUGAGCCAGCAGACGUAUUUUAUAAAUUCUGUUCAAAGUCGUAUUUCAUCAAUAAUUCUGUGAAUCCGACCAUCUAUAGUUUUAUGAAUGUUCAGUUCAGAAGAGAUGUGAAACAAAUAUUUUCCAAAAAAACACGAUGUUUUGGAAAACAAAUAGUCUAAAAAGGUUACGCUCCGAGGUAUUUGACAGUAAGAGAUCGUUUGCUUAUUAAAUAACUUAUUCUACCUCAGUCGACAAAGUUGGAAUUAUAAGGUAUAAGUUUGACUUGGUUUUGAUUUUACAAACACGGCAUUUCUCUCCAGAAACAAAUCAAGAAACAAGAUUGUUGAUAAAUGUAUUGAUGACUGGAAAUGACUAAUAUAGACUCAUAUUCUACCAGAUAGGUUGAAGUGUGGAACAAGUUUAGAUUAUAUUGAAACUUCUUGUAAACUAUUAACGCCUUUUAGUAAUAGAAGUCAUUUAGCUAAAAUUAAAAUUUAGAUAAAGGGUGGCAACUAUUAGAUUGGAAACUUGGAGAUACGAAAUGUUAUCACUGGAAGAGAGAUGCUUCUUACAUUGUUUAAAUUUUGUUGAAGUCUUUGUACUACAUUUAUUGAAUUUGAUGCACAUUUUAUGAAUACAACCUAUUGCUCAAUUAUAGUAUUCUUAUUCGCUUUUUAGAUUAUGUGCCAAAACCUAUAAUUUCAUUUUGAAAAGUAGCUGAGAAGUUUUAAUUUGUAAUACUAUGAUAUAUAUUUUUAAGAUUUUUCUUUACCCUUUAAUGUAUGUAUAUUUUAUUCUCGUAGUUAUGGUCUCUAAUAAACCCGUAUAAAUAGGCUCUGUUUGAAUGGUUUUACACUAGUAAUUUUUGGGGCCUUUAUAGCUUGCUGUUUGUUGUGAUCCAAGGCUCCGUGUUGAAGCCGUACUUUGACCUAUAAUGGAUUACUUUUACAAAUUGUGACUUGGAUGGAGAAUUAUCUCAAUGGCACUCAUACCACAUCUUCUUAUAUCUAUCAUUUGUAAAAAUGUAUCUUUUAUGAUUGUAUGCGUAAGGACGUAAAUAAACUAAUAUUUCAGAAUGUAGUCCGGAAAUUCGAUGUCUAUCUUUGUAAUUUCCUGACGAGUAUCCAUUGUACGCCCCUACCUACCUGUUAAAAUUAAGGUUCAUUGUUUUUUAUUCAUGUUUUAAAUUAGAAAAUCGUUAGCUGAUAAACCACUUUAAUCAUUAUAAAAGCGAAUUUUUUUAUCCAAUUUGCGUAAUCUAUAUUUGCGUGAAAAAUGUUCAUCAUUGAAACUAUUAGUCAUCUUUUCUUGGAAUGUACUCGAGUUAGAAAUAUAUGGAUAGAAUUUUCAGCACUUUUUCAAUUUAAAUGUAAUUUAACUUUAAUAUUAAAUGCAAAAAAUAUUGUUCUUGGGUCAGAGUCAUGGGAUGUUUCCCUAAAUUUAUUCACUGUUCUGGUUAAGUAUUACAUUUAUACAUGUCGCUUUAACACUUCAUUACCAACUCUUACAGGUGCGAUAGCUAUGAUCAAAAAUACCUACCAAAUAGAAAAUAUAUCUACCUCCUUUUACAGAUCACCUAAAGCUAGAGAGAAAUUUGAGAGUAAAUGGAAAUUGAUUAAAACAUCAUUUUUGUACUCAUUUAAGGCCAUAUAAUAAUUCAUAUAUAAUUAAUAAGAUGUUGAUGCACAUCACAAUUGGACAGUGAUUUGUGUGCAUCAUAAAAUUGC